UAUUUUGCAACAUUAAUUGCGCAAAACUAACAGUUUGAUUUGAGAGCUCGUUGUGAGCACAGCUAAAAUGUGGAGCAAAAACACUUUUGGUAAUAUAACUUGGCUCAUACUAGUGAUUCAGCUAGUAACUGCCGGCCCACAACGCAGAAGUGCAGAAUAUGAAGGAGCCCCAGAUGAUGAUGGCUUUCAGACGUAUACACGCCGCGGCGUCACUUUACGUCUCAAACCACGCAGUAUGACCAUACGUAUUGGCGGUAAGAACGUAAGUCCCGACCAAUUGUUGGAGCAAGCGAAGCUGGCAAAGCAAUUGGAAUUAGUCGCCGUGCGUCAACUACUAAGCACGCGUCAUCCAGUUAAGCGCACGAGCUUCGAAAGUGGACACAAGCAUACCAGCACAUAUACCUUAGAGCCGGAUGGCAGCAUUCUAUAUAAGCAAGUGGAUGAUAUUGACAAGGAAGAAUUGGACAGACGUUUUGAGGAGGUUUUCGAAAGAGAACGGCAGCGACAAGCAAACAAACAUCCCGACAAGCUGGGCGAUUGGGAGUGGGCCGAAAAUGAUAAUAGUGAAAAACGUCCAAAUGUAUUUGAAGCGCCAUUACAACCUUUUCCCGCACAAACACCUUACCGACCAAUACCGCCGCAAAUAGUGCCAAAGACGCCAAAAGAUUCACCACCUGAAGAUGGCGACGACCUAUUCAAUCCAUCAAAGCCACCUAAAGACUUGCCGCCAACUUUCUACAAGCCAAACCAAUAUCAACCAGGUUCACGACCUGAAGAUGGCGACGACCUAGUCAAUCCAUCAAAGCCACCUAAAGAUUUGCCGCCAACUUUCUACAAGCCAAACCAAUAUCAACCACUAUUACCACCUAUAGAUGAUGACGACCUAUUCAAUCCAUCAAAGCCACCCAAAGACUCGCCGCCAACUUUCUACAAGCCAAACCAAUUUCAACCGGAUUGGACGUCUGAUGACUAUGAAGAUCCCUUUAAUCCACCAGAAUUACCGAAUUUUAAAUUGGAUGAUGGUGAUUUAGACCCUUUCGAUAAAUCACAAUCGAUUCCUGUGACAAAAACAAAUACAGUUGCGAACACUGAAAUUGAUAAGGAUGGCAAUACCGUGCAUACUACCAUAACGACCGGCCCAAAUCAGUGGCGACGCAAAACAGUGAAAGUUUCAACAAACGUACAACCACAGUCUGCACCGGCGUCUACAACAACGGUAAAACCAGCAACAAAUCCGAGCUUAGAUGACUUUCUGAAAUCGCAAUACGAACCGAAACCAUUGUCUGGCUCAACAAACCCACCAACUUCAUCUACUACGCCAAAAACGAUUCAGACCAUCAACAUCGAUGACUUGCCACCUCUAGCCGUGUUUAAUGUGAACAAGCCAGCUAACGAACAAUUUCUGAAACCACUUGGACCGAAUAGUGCCGAUCAGAAGCCCAUCAAAACUUUCAAGGUAGAUAAUAUAGCACCCAGUUCCGAACUCAAUCCCGAGCGUAGCACACAAACCCAAGUUCGUACAUACCAAUCAACUUAUCGCGGUAAUCAACCGCCAACUGCUGAAAAUCUAAAUCCCGACAUGUUGGCAGUGCUGAAACGCGCUGGCAUAAGACCUGAAGAUAUCAGCAAUGGUCAGACUAUUACGAAAACCCGUGUGGAGCCCGAUGGACGCAUAGUGAAGACUACAUAUCGUAUAAAAACAAAUUAUGGUGCUGCUGAGCCACCUCGAUACAAUAUACCCAAUAUUGGUAAUGUGUACACUGACGAUUCACUUAAUUGGCCUGACCUUUACGAUAGACCUUCCUGGUCGCUGCCACGCCAGCAUCAGAGUGCCAGUCAUUCUGGUGUCGAUUUUAGUUCUUUUGGCGAAACGACAUCUAGCACCACAACAACUACGAUAAGACCCGCUAUACGCGAUCGAGAACCCUUAGGAGGAGAUGAGGAUGACGAAGGUGGCAUUACAUUGAAUCCACUGCUGAUACAUCCUGUCCAUGCCGUUGCUCCCAACAAGAAUAGUAAUUUACCAAAUGUGGAUACUGUCAAAAGUGCUAUUGCUGAGUUCCUAGCUAAACUUGGCCUAUCAAAGGCAGAUCUGAGCGCGCAAAAUGGUCAGUUUACAAAAACUAUUGUUGAUGAUGAUGGUUGUGUUUUAACGGCUAGAUUUUUCCUAACGCCAGCAAUUGCCAUUAAACAUAAAAAAUAAAUAUCUGUAUAUUAUUUUGACUUAGGAUUAUUUAUACAAAAUGAACGAAUAAAAUAUAUCGCAUACAUUUUUUUUU